UCCAUACUUUUGCCUCGGACAGCUGUGGAAGGGAAAGGUUUACGAGCGGGUCCACAUCAGACCAAACUUACCCUCAGAAUGCUGCGGAGACUUACUCUCAUCUUUUCUUCGAUACUAUUCACUCCAUAUUUCGAUGCAGUACAAUCAAUAUAUGUCACAACAAGUCAGCCGUAUGUGACAGUAAACAUCGGCAACAAUGCUACCCUUGACUGCAGUUACAAAACGCGUGUUGGUGACCAGUUCUCCCUUGAAUGGCGAUUUACACCAGGCCCAAAUGAAAAUGUACCAGCAGAGAAGAUUCUUUACUAUACUGAUGGAACAGCGUAUAAACUUGGCCCUCAAGCCAAUAGAAUCAAACUGGUUGAUCAGGAACCGACUAAGGGAGAUGCUUCUAUUAUAAUUUUAAACACCAAGUCAUCAGACACUGGCAGGUAUUCCUGUGACAUCAACAAUCCUCCUGACUUUACUGGACCCACUGAGGCAUUUGUCAAUUUAAUAGUGCAAGUACCACCAUCGAUUCCAAAGUGCAAAGUGAUUGGAAAACCGUACAUCGGAAACAACAUUACAUUGUCCUGCAUCUCAACAGUGGGUCGCCCGACACCCAUGUACAAAUGGUCAGAGGUCCGCUCUGCCACUGCGACAUCUUCACCAAGAAUCAUGGUAAAAGCAGUGGAUUCCAAAAAGGGUACAUUGCUUCUGAGGAAUCUUACAAUGAAGGAUUCAGGAAUCUACAGAUGUGUGUCAUUCAAUGUCCUUGGGGAAAAAUCAUGCCAGCUGGUUCUGUCAGUCACAGUGAACAAUGAGGUUGGAGUGAUUGUUGGAGCUCUGUUUGGCACCCUUGUGGCUCUCCUUCUGAUUGCCGUCGUUGCAUACCACUUAAUUCAUCGCAAGAAGAAGAAGUCCAAGGAUCACCACACGGGACACGAAUUGAGAGAGGAUGCGGUGGCUCCAGGGAAAGAAACAAAUUCCCAUUUAUUGGCGUCUGCACACAAUGAAGGAACCAGGUCAAACAGUAUGAACUCAAAGUACAACAUCGUUGUGUGACCUCUCUCAAACCUCCUGCACCGUACUUCACAAAACUGGUUGAAAUUUUGAAAGAAUAUCUCAUUGCCUUUUUAUAUUUGUUUUGCACCACAAAAUUUCUUCGGAUACAUUGUUGCUCUUGUUAUAAAGCUGUUUUUUUUUGGCUCUGGUUUUGACAAUUGUUCAAGUAUUUUAGAUGUACAUAGCUUAAGGAAUAAAGCCCAGAAAUCACCUAUCAAUGAGCUAAUCUUUUGUUUUGCUUCCUCCAUCCAGGUCUCCUUCUGCACAUGUUAGUUUUAGGAACACAAUUCUCCUCAGGACAUGAAAGUUACCUUCAGCCUUUUGUUGUGAUGCAAGCUGGAGCAUUUUGAAGGAGAAGGCUUGCAUUAUGGUUAGGGUUAGCAAGCAUUUUAUUUACACAGCCUAGCUCUGCAAUGAAAUGUAGCCUACCAAAAAUUCUGGAAGUGGAGCUUACAGCAAGAUCUUGGAGGCAGCGUUCAUCUUUGGGCCCGAGCCCAAAUAUAUGGGAAUAUAUUUGCCAACUUUGCAUGAUCAACUCCAUUCACUUUAAUCAAUGGAGCUGAGUGUGAAAGUGAGGACAAUAGAUAGACAAUUCUCUAGUUCAUGCCGAGAGCUAGCUUCCUGCUCUAUAGGAUAAACCAAUAGCAAAAUCUGCAUUUUCUUUUCCUUUCUCAUCUCCCUUAGCCUUUGUUGGUUACACAAACCUUGAGAAGAGGGAACGUGCUCUGACUAACGUAAAGGGAGGGAAAAAGAGCCGAAUCCUUCAAGUUAGUCCAUUGUUUGUGGGACAGGAGAAAUAGGUACUUCAUCCCGUCAAACUCUGCACUAUACAACUACCAAUUCCUAUCCUGCUUAAGAUCUUCCCUUUCCAUAACACCAUCUGAUCCUCCAGUCAUGCUCUUCACUCUCAUGAUCACUGUAUUGCCCCUUGUGCGUCCCUCAUCAACUCCAUCAGUCUGCCCUGUGAUCUCCACCUCAUCCUUACCUUCCCCCACUUGCCCCUCUGAAAUGUCCUUUUCCAUCUAACAGGUGACCGACCUGUCAAUCAAACUGAUUGUCAGGUGGGAAAUCUGCAAAAUAAAAAUGCUGAACGUGUCUGAUGUUUAAAAAUGGUUUAGGAUCCACAAUUCCUUCUUCCUGUUCAGAGCUGGUGGAUCACAAACAUCAGGACCAAAGUUCACAGCCCUUUUGCUGAGAAAGUCUUGCCACCCACAGAGCCCUCCUGCAUUGUCCACAGAUGGUAUUGGUAACGUUCAGUAUUUUCCAGCUUAUGUACCAUGUGUGCCUGCAUUAAUUUAGGAGGUACGAUCCAUGAAAUGAUUCAUGAAACCUGUGGUUUCAAUGAAUAAAUGCCUCUUGUUCGUAAGCACACAUUCUUCACAGUACUGGGUACAGAUCACUGAAACAGAAUUAACUGAUAUGCUCUUAGUACUUUGUAUG